AUGAAUUGGGGUGUAUAUGCAGCUGUUUGUGGUGUAUACGGAGCAAUACAAACCGAAGAUGCUCUUUCUCUAAGAGAGGGGGCCCUGGGGCCCCUCAUCGUCAGCAGAGCCACGGGGCAGCGGGGGCCCCCCCCAGACCCCGUCUGUACCCUAGCCAAGCAGCAGCAGCAGCAGCAGCAGCAACACCCACAGCAGCAGCAACAGCAGCAGCAGCAGCAGCAUCACCCACAACAACAGCAGCAACAGCAGCAGCAGCAGCAGCAGCAACACCCACAACAGCAGCAACAGCAGCAGCAGCAGCAGCAACACCCACAACAGCAGCAGCAACAGCAGCAGCAGCAGCAACACCCACAACAGCAGCAACAGCAGCAGCAGCAGCAGCAGCAACACCCACAACAGCAGCAACAGCAACACCCACAACAGCAGCAACAGCAGCAACAGCAGCAACAGCAGCAGCAGCAGCAGCAGAAGAUUUGUGUGUUUGUGCAUGCAGCGGUGCUGGCGCGCAUGCAACGCCUACGAUAUGCACACGAGCAUCAGAAAACUCUUAAAAAAUACACCCAGGUAACUAAACCCUAA